UGGGAGGGGGGGAAACGGUGGCUGACCCCACCGGUGAGAAACAGUGUCGAAGCACGGAAGGGAUCCGAGUCGGAAUUAGCAGACACUAUCAAACAAACAUGAUGCGCUGGAUACAUUUUACACUUCUCUUGGUUGCGAGUCCUUGCUUUUCGGACGAUGGUCAUGAAAUGGAGGAGUUUCUCAAGAGAGAGUAUUCUCUGUCCAAACCAUACCAAGGUAUUGGAUCAGCCAGCUCUUCCCACUGGGAACUAAUGGGAGACGCUAUGGUAACAAUCGACCAGGUGCGCCUUACACCAGACAUGCAGAGCAAACAGGGGGCGGUCUGGAGCCGUUUGCCUUGUCACCUCAAUAACUGGGAGCUCCAAGUGCACUUCAAGAUCCAUGGCCAGGGCAAAAAAAAUCUUAAUGGUGAUGGCAUGGCCAUUUGGUAUGCGAAAGAACGUAUGGACGCAGGCCCCGUGUUUGGCAAUAAAGAUAACUUCACAGGGCUUGGGGUUUUUGUUGACACGUACCCAAAUGAGGAGAAGUACCUGGAGGCGCAGAAGAAGAGGUACACCCCUCGCUCCGAGCGAAUUUUCCCAUAUGUGAUAGCGAUGAUUGGGAACGGGACCAUAGGUUAUGACCAUGAACGGGACGGACGUCCCACAGAACUAGGUGGCUGCAACGCUAUGGUUCGCAAUCUCAAACAUGACACCUUCAUCUUCAUCAGAUACGUACGCCGCAGGCUAACGAUCAUGAUUGAUAUUGAUGGUCAGCAUGAGUGGAGGGACUGCCUGGACAUACCGGGGGUGCGGUUGCCACAGGGCUACUAUUUUGGGGCAUCAGCCCUUACCGGAGACCUCUCAGACAACCAUGACCUGAUUUCUUUGAAGCUGUAUCAGCUGACGGUAUUGCGCAGCAAACUGGAGGAAGAUGAGGAGGAGGAAGAGAUCAAGGUUCCCAGUGUGGACAAUGUGGACCUCCUGAAACCCUAUUUCACUGAGGAAGGGAUGAGCGGGAUUGCCAUCUUCUUUACGGCUCUCUUUUCCAUGUUGGGUCUCUUUCUGCUAAUUGUGAUAAGCCUGGUUGUCUACAGUCACUGGACAGAAAGCCGACGAAAGCGUUUCUACUGAGGGAGGAUCUCUCCUCAUUAAACUCAAUCUUUUAUACACAGAAGCGUAACAGAUUGUAAGGAAACAAAACUCUUUCCUGGAAUAUUUCCAUCACAGUGACAACUCCGAAAUCCCACCGCUGACACCAAUGAAUGGGAGGAGGGGGGGGGGGGUCAAAGGUUACUUUCUUUUUCUUCUUUUAACUCAACAGAAGACACUGACUCAUGCCUUCAAUCAAAAGACACUUUUAUGAUCUAAGGUUCCUCUACUACCCCCAUUCACCGUUGCGAAGUUCCCCACUGAAGGACACCAGAAAUCAGUCGCAGGUGGUUAUUGCCAUCUUCCUGCAGUUCUUGGCACUGAUCUCAGUGAUUUAGAGUGCAGUGUUGCUGAAUAGUUUAUUGAGAGUUCUUAGAGUGCCUAGACUGAUUCGAGGUGUUGCAAGAUGUGUCUUCUCAAAAAUGGUGUGGCUAUGUUAUUGAUUAGGCCCCUGAAGUUCACCUCAGCCAUGAAGUCCAUCAUGGGUUGCACUGAAUAACUGAAAUGCCCUGUAUGCCGCGUUUAAGGCUAUGCGCUGCGAAGCUACAAAAUAUGGCACUGACUGAAUCGAUUAUGCUGUUAGCGUACAAGGGCCUGCCCUACCCCUAAAGCAAUGACAUUCUCCAUGAUAGCAGUUGUGCUGUGGAAUCGAUGGAAAUGUUGUAGUCCUUCUGAAGACAAUGGCUCCCUUGUUUUGUGUUUUUAUUUCAUUUAUAAUGCAACAUAAGCUCAUGAAAUUGAAUGUGAUCAUGCAUGAAGAUCAAGUUUUUAAACACUCUCACAUUUUCCAGAAUAGACUAAUUAAAAAAAAUGUUUAUGACUGUAUGAAUGAGCACUGAAAAAAAAGAGGUAUAGACAUUCAUUUUUGAGUAUAAAGGAUGAAAAUGAGCUAUCCAGAAUAUUUUGUCUUAAGGAGAAAGCUGUUUGUAAGUGACCUUCAUCCUGUUUUCAUUGUGAGCCAUUUUACUGAAUUUCUGUGAAUUUGUUUCCUGCACAUUGCAACCUCAUGGAGGAGGGCUGAUGAGGGGUUAGACUCAGCAGAAGGGUUGAGCUCUGCUGUCCUCCCCUUUCUCAUCUGUUAGAGUUAUGUUUAUGCCAGUCACUUUCUAUGUCUUCUCUCUUAAAGGUCUGCCUAGCUUGGUACAAGUCUGGUGCUGUGAUAUGGCAAAUAGUGUGGUAUUGAAUGGAGAGAAGGAUUUUGGGAUAGUAUCCCACAAUGCUAGAGCAGGCUGUUGAGUGGGGAAAUAAUUUAUCACUACACAUAAUUGUUUACAAGCCUUAUAUUUAUGUAUAUUUAUUUAUUGAUGUAUUUAUUUAUUUAUUUACAUUAAUCUGCACUUAAAAGUGUGUCUGCGUGGUGUGUUUCUCCUAUGGCCAUUAUCAAUUACCCUAAUAAAAUGUAUGCCUUUUGUGCUCCAUUAA